CGAAGACGCUUUAGUGGCGUUUGAAACAUUUAGCGUGUUGCUAAAGUAUCUUGGUGUAAAUCCACCCAUAUCUUGCGAUCGCAAACGCAUACGUCUGGGUUACCGAUGCAUCAACAUUGUGUCGAUCAUGCUAUCGACCCUAUUCUACGGGUAUUUGUUGUUUCACAUUUCGUUAGACUCGGGUGUGUUGAAAGAAGGCUUAAGGUCACUUAUUGUCUCUCGCAUGCAUGACCUAUACUUUGUGCUUCGCUUUCUAACCGUGAUCGUGGUGCAACUGCAUGUCCUCUGCAACGGGGACGAGAUAAAUCGUCUAUUUCGCGCAUUAAACUCGAUCUCAAACGCAGUUGUUCUGCUGGCCAACCGUAAAGGACAUGGCAGCAAACUACAGUUUUUCGGUACAGUUCGUUUUGCAAAAAGACUGCGCGUCUUUUCCUUGUCGUAUCCAUUCGUUUGCCUCAUCACAUCCUUUACCGUGCUUAAGUUGUUGAAUCGGGACCAACUCAUCGGGCAUGUGUUUCCGUUUGUGCGCUUACUGUGCUUCACAACGUACGUGCAUCUGUGGUUACAAGCGACACUGGCUGUGCUGCUGGUACUUUCUCGCUAUGAAGCGCUGAAGAACCUGUUCGGAAUGUACUUCCCGACGACACCAUCAACGGUGGGAAAUCGAAGUGAAUUUGCGAUAUGCAGCGAAAAGGAACAGAUUAACGUGCUGAAGCAAAUCAAAAUCCUUCACGACAAACUGAACGACGUGGUGGAGCUCGUUAAUUAUUGCUUUUCGGUACAGAUCACAUUCUGCGUUGGAUUGUGCUUCGUCAUCGGAGUCGUCUGUUCGUUCGGUCUGUUCCGAGCGUUCAUCUAUCGAAACGAGCUGUUCUACAUGGGUGUGUUGAACUUCAUCUGGUACAUGUAUUAUCUUUUCUUCGUACUGUUUUUCAUCGCCGUCGGGAGCAAAAUAACACGCGAGGGGAAACGAAUCGGUAUUCUAGUACACAAAGCCAUCAACUGUUCGUCCUCGUCAGCAGUGAUAAAUGAGUUGAACCUGUUUUCACAGCAACUACUACAUCGCAGUCCAGUCAUAACUUGCGGGUUGUUUGUCUACGACUGGACACUCUGGUACACGAUGAUUGGCGCCACAGCGACGUACCUCAUCAUCUUAAUUCAGUUCGAUGUCUCGUUCCCGAACUUGGUCAAUGUCAACGCCACGGCGGCGUACCGUGGUAGCACAUAGAGCUCAAGCUCCGACAACAACG